ACCAUUGAAGGUGCAAUAGAUUGAGCCACCUCUCAACUUCUUCACUUCUGAAUUUCCACUCUCCUAAUUCAACAUCACAAAAAAGGUAUGGUCAAUAUAUGAACUAAAUAAAUCUUUCUUCUUUCACAAUGAUGAAUGUCAAACCAUUACUUUAUGUCAACACUCUUCAUAUUAUGUGUAUAUAUAUAUAUAAAUAUCAUAGCUAGCUAGGAAAGUUGGGAGAGGCAACAUGGAAAAGACAAGUUCAUUAGGUCUAGCGAGGACGAAAUCCGAUCAACUGUUGGAGAAGGUGGCAGCGGCAUUCAAGUCACCGACGUCGAGCACCGAGGCAAAUGGGGUGGUGGGGGAGAGUGGCAGCACAACUCUCUCGAGGAAGUCGAGUAAACAAACGUUGACAGCUCCUUCACCGGGGCGUGGCAGUGGAAGCGGUGGUGGUCGAAACACGCACAUCAGGAAGUCUAGGAGUGCACAGCUGAAGCUGGAUUUGGAUGAUUUGGGGAGUGGUGCAGCUCUGAGUAGAGCUUCAAGUGCGAGCUUGGGCUUGUCAUUCUCCUUUACUGGCUUCACCUUGCCACCUGAUGAAAUUGGAGAUUUCAAGCCAUUCAGUGAUGAAGAUAUACAGGAUGUAGAAGCAGGAACAUGCAAGGCCAGAUUUCAAACAGAACCUACCAUGCCCAUUCACCUCAAGUUCAAGGAUGUUACUUAUAAAGUAAUCAUAAAAGGAUUGCGGACAAAUGUGGAGAAGGAGAUCCUGAAUGGGAUUACAGGUCGGGUAAACCCAGGCGAAGUUCUGGCCUUAAUGGGACCUUCAGGAAGUGGCAAGACAACAUUACUCAAUCUGCUUGGAGGGCGGCUCAUACGGUCUACAGCUGGUGGUUCCAUUACUUACAAUGAUCAACCAUACAACAAGUUCCUGAAAAGCAGGAUAGGAUUCGUGAUGCAGGAGGAUGUUCUAUUUCCCCACCUGACAGUGAAAGAAACAUUGAGAUAUGCAGCUUUGCUUCGAUUGCCGUGUACAUUGACGAAAGAGCAAAAGGAAAAGCGUGCAAUUGAUGUCAUCUAUGAGCUGGGCCUUGAAAGGUGCCAGGAUACAAUGAUUGGUGGCUCAUUUGUCCGUGGGGUUUCAGGUGGAGAAAGACGUAGGGUCUCUAUAGGCAAUGAGAUUCUAGUCAAUCCCUCUCUGUUGUUUCUUGAUGAACCUACUUCGGGCCUGGACUCUACAACUGCAUUGAGAAUUGUUCAGAUUUUACAUGAGAUAGCUGAAGCUGGGAAGACCGUGGUGACAACGAUUCACCAACCAUCAAGCAGACUAUUUCACAAAUUUGACAAGCUAAUUCUUCUUGGGAAGGGAAGCUUGAUCUAUUAUGGCAAAGCAGCAGAAGCAAUGAGUUAUUUCUCAUCUAUAGGAUGUUCCCCACUUAUUGCAAUGAAUCCUGCGGAAUUCUUGCUUGACCUUGCAAAUGGUAACCUGAAUGAUGUGUCUGUUCCAUCAGAGCUAGAGGAUAAGGUGCAAAUAGAGAAUUCUGAGGCUGACAAUAGACAGGAUAGACCUUCUCCAACUCUAGUGCAGGAGUAUCUGGUGGAGGCGUACGAGACGAGAGUUGCAGAGAAGGAAAAGAGUAAAAUGCUGACACCUUUGACGAUGGACGAAGAGCUGAAAUCGAAGGGAUCGAGUUCGAAAAGGCAAUGGGGAGCGAGCUGGUGGGAACAAUACUCGAUACUGUUCCGAAGAGGAAUCAAAGAAAGACGCCAUGAAUACUUCAGCUGGCUGAGAAUCACUCAAGUUCUCGCCACCGCCAUAAUUCUAGGGUUACUCUGGUGGCAAUCGGAAAGUAACAGUCCAAAAGGCUUGCAAGAUCAGGCUGGGUUAUUGUUCUUCAUAGCAGUAUUUUGGGGGUUCUUCCCAGUGUUCACAGCAAUAUUCACAUUCCCACAAGAGAGAGCAAUGUUAAGCAAAGAAAGAGCAGCUGAUAUGUAUAGAUUGAGUGCUUACUUUUUGGCAAGAACCACUAGUGAUCUUCCUCUGGAUCUCUUGUUGCCUAUCCUUUUCCUUCUUGUUGUUUACUUCAUGGCAGGCUUAAGGCUUAGUGCUGCUCCUUUUUUCCUCACCAUGGUCACUGUUUUCCUCUCUAUUGUAGCUGCUCAGGGGCUUGGGUUGGCCAUUGGAGCUACACUCAUGGAUGUCAAGAAGGCCACGACUUUGGCCUCCGUCACCGUCAUGACCUUCAUGCUUGCUGGUGGAUUCUUCGUACAGAAAGUUCCAGUCUUCGUAGCUUGGAUCCGCUAUCUGUCUUUCAACUACCACACGUACAAGCUCCUCCUAAAGGUCCAGUACAACAACAUCAUACCUGCUGUGAACGGUAUGAAAAUGGACAAUGGGGUAGUUGAAGUUACUGCGCUAAUCGCCAUGGUUUUCGGGUAUCGUCUCUUGGCUUACAUUUCAUUGAGGAGGAUGAGGCUUCACUCAGGAAGUUAAUACAAACAGAAUGCACAAGAUUUUCUCAGAGGAUGAUUUGCUACAAGAACAAUCAGAGCAUUGGCUUACUUGAGCUUGAAUUUGAGUUGCAUGGUCUAACAUAUAGUAAAAAUCUCCAUUUUGGGAACUUUCUUGGUAUUGUGUACUCCUAAAAGAAGAAGGAAACUUACCUUCUGAGAUGGGGAAUCACAUCGAAGGCAAAACGAACAUGUUAUCAUCGAUAUGGCUUGCUCAUGGAGCCGAGGUGCUUUUCACUUCAGCAUCUAGCUAGAACAGUUGAACAUCUAAAUAUAGUAGCCUGAAACAGUAGAGUUUAGUUCCAAAUCCAUAACAUAGAAUGUUGGGAGAACUUUUAUUUUUUCUUUCUUUCCAUAAGAGAAACACUCAGUUCAAAUGUGCUUUUUUGGUACACCCGUUUUUAUUCAUUGAUAAAUUGGGUACUAUCACAUGAAUUGUAAAUGUAUGAAUAUGAGGCUGCCUACUAGUGCUCUAUCUCUAAACAGCAGCAGUUGUUACAUGACUGACCCCGGAAAACUGUUAUGGCACAUAAGGAUAUGGUACAUUCUCACAUCAAAAUUCAGGCCAAGGUCCUCAACCAACCGAGUAGCCGAAGAAGGGCAGCAUCCAAAAUUGGGGACUUCUUUUCGAGCCCUGUCAAAGCUGAAAGAAUCAGGGGGCAGUGAAAGUCUAGCCAAACUAAGAAGAAACUAUAUGAAGUUGAAGAGAUAAUCAGCACUCGAAUCAAUGAGUUGUGUAGUCCAUUAAACAGGUCAUUCAUUUCAGAGAUGAUGAUCAACGAAGAAGUUCAGAUCUUAAAGGUUGGCAGACCUAACUGCAAUUGUUACUUUAUCUCACUAUAUUAAAUUUGUUUCUAUA